GGGAGGUGAGCAGAGGGGGGCUGCCUCCGUCUGCCCCCCAUGGCCCUUCCGAGAGGGAAGCUUAGGGAGCAACGUUAAAAUUUAAUGUGUAAGAAAGAAAACAAUACGCAUGGCAGGGAAGACGCGGGGCCUGCGCUUCUCCCUGGCCUCAGCUCCUUGGAAGGACUCCAUGUCUCUCCCUGGGGCACAGACCCCGUAGGCCGUGGGCAGGACACGCUGGUCAUUGGGAGUAGAGCGGGUGCUUCUCCCCAGGUCCCUCGGCUGCCAGCGUUGGUUCACCGUAAAAUCCUUGGUGUGAGCUGGCCAGACACCACAGACACCAGUGAGCUCUGCUGGGCUUUCCAGGUCCUGCGGGAGACAGCAGGUGAGCGGUGGGAAGGGAGUGAGCACCAGGCUCUGGCAUCAGCCACGGAGGAGCCGCCGGUGUCCCCCCCCGAGCCGGCAGCCCCCCCACAGGUGCAGGCAGCAUCCACCAUGAAUCUAGAGAAAGCAGGAGGCAGGCUCUGCACUGGGAAACGCACCGGCCUACCAGCGGCCCAGCCCUUCCCGGUGAUCCAGAAGGUGAUGGCCUCCAUGGCGCAUCUACAGGAGGAGAAGCUGCGGCUGCAGGAGGAGCUGCUGGGGCUGCAAGUCUGGGAGAACGAUGAGCUCUCCCACUCUCUCCAGCUGCAAGGCCAGGUUGAAACUCUGAAGGCGAAGCUCCUGGAGCAGGCGCAGGAGAUCAGCCGGCUGCGCUCAGAGCUGGGUGGCACGGACGUGGAGAAGCACCGGGACCUGCUGGCGGCCGAGAACGAGCGGUUGCGGCAGGAGAUGAAGGCGUGUGAGGGGGAGCUGCGGGAGCUGCGGCGGCAGCAGCAGCAGCAGGCACCGUGCCAGGACUGUGCCCACCUCCAGGAGAAUGCCGAGCUGCAGGAGCGGCUGUCCCUGCUGCAGCAAGAGGCGGAGGAGACACGGGCCAAGCUGGCGGAGCUGGACCUGGAGGUGCAGCAGAAAACGAACCGCUUGGCCGAGGUGGAGCUGCGGCUCAAGGACUCCCUGGCCGAGAGAGCCGAGGAGGAGGAACGGCUUAGCCGACGGCUGCGAGACAGCCAGGAAACAAUCGCCAGCCUCAAGUCCCAGCCCCAGCAGAUUAAGUACAUCAUCAAGACAGUGGAGGUGGAGUCGGCCAAAGCGAAGCAAGCCCUGUGCGAGAGCCAGUCCCGAAACCAGUACCUGCAGGAGCAGGUGGGGAUGCAGAGGCAGGUGCUGAAGGAGAUGGAGCAGCAGCUGCAGAGCUCCCAAAAGACAGUAGCUCAGCUCCGAGCUCAGAUCGUGAUGUACGAGGCAGAGCUAGAGCGAGCCCAUGGGCAGAUGUUAGAGGAGAUGCAGGUGAUGGAGGAGGAGAAGAACCGUGCCAUUGAAGAGGCAUUUUCCCGUGCCCAAGUGGAGAUGAAGGCGGUGCAUGAAAACCUGGCGGGCGUCCGGACCAACCUGCUGACGCUGCAGCCAGCGCUGCGCACGCUCACCCACGACUACAACAGCUUGAAGCGUCAGGUCCGCGACUUCCCCCUGCUCCUCCAGGAGACCUUACGGAGCGCCAGGGCCGAGAUCAGCCAAGCCAUCGAGGAGGUGAACACCACCAAUCGGGAGCUGCUGCGCAAGUACCGACGGGAGCUGCAGCUCCGCAAGAAGUGUCACAACGAGCUGGUGCGGCUGAAAGGAAACAUCCGUGUUUUCGGGCGAGUCCGCCCCAUCACGAAGGAGGAUGGCGAGGGCCCUGAGGCAGCCAACGCGGUGACCUUUGAUGAUGAUGAUGACGCCGUCCUGUACCUCCUGCACAAGGGGAAGCAGGUGUCCUUUGAGCUGGAUAAGGUCUUCCCCCCACAAGCGUCCCAGGAGGAGGUAUUUCAGGAGGUUCAAGCCCUGGUCACCUCCUGCAUCGAUGGCUACAACGUCUGCAUUUUCGCCUAUGGGCAGACAGGGGCAGGAAAAACCUACACAAUGGAGGGAACACCAGCAAACCCAGGGAUCAACCAGCGGGCCCUGCAGCUCCUGUUCUCCGAGGUGCGGGGCAAGGCAGCCGACUGGGACUAUGCCAUCAGCGUCAGCGCUGCUGAGAUUUACAACGAGGCACUCAGGGACUUGCUGGUGAAGGAGCCACAGGAGAAGCUGGAGAUCAAGCUGUGCCCCGACGGCAGUGGGCAGCUCUACGUGCCUGGCCUGACCGAGUUCAGGGUGCAGAGUGUGGAGGACAUCAACAAGGUCUUUGAGUUUGGCCAUGUCAACCGGGCGACGGAGUGCACCAACCUGAACGAGCGCAGCUCCCGCUCCCACGCCCUCCUCAUCAUCACCAUCCGCGGCCUCGACCGCAGCACGGGGCUCCGCACCACAGGGAAGCUGAACCUCGUGGACCUGGCGGGCUCGGAGCGCGUGGGGCGGUCGGGCGCGGAGGGCAGCCGGCUCCGCGAGGCGCAGCACAUCAACAAGUCCCUCUCGGCCUUGGGGGAUGUCAUUUAUGCCCUGCGCUCCCGGCAGGGCCACGUGCCCUUCCGCAACUCCAAGCUGACCUACCUGCUGCAGGACUCACUCAGCGGCGACAGCAAGACCCUCAUGAUGGUGCAGGUCUCCCCCGCUGAGAAAAACACCAGCGAGACGUUGUGCUCCCUGAAGUUCGCCGAGAGGGUUCGCUCCGUGGAGCUGGGGCCCGUCUCCCGCAAGGCUGAGCUGGCCUCCUGGCCCAGUCAGGAGCAGCUGGAGGGUGACUCUCCAGGGACUGCAGCACCCCACGGCCGGGGCCAUGUGUCCCCCAGCCCGGGGCAGCUCUCCAGCCGCGCCGCCUCCAUUCGCAGGAAGCUCCAGGCCUCAGCCUGACUUAGGGGCAGCCGUGGCUGCCAGGGAAGCUGAGGCCAGUCCCUGUGUGAUGAGUGCCAGCCCUGGCACCAAGGUGCUGCAGAGAGCUGGCUGCUGGAGGACACGAAGGCUUUGGUGCCACCCCUUCACCCACCAGGACCUGCCACCAGAGGGUGACGGCACCUCUCACCAUGAGCAGUGCAGGGCCAGGGUCUGCCAGCAGCUGGACCCCCAUCUCAGGGUGGGAGGGGGGCACUGAUCUGCCCCCUUCUGCCCCUCGGCGCUGUGACUUUUUAUUUUGUUUUCAGUGGGAGUGGGGAGCUGCUGGGUGCUCCCUGCCUCGCUCCACCUUUGUUUUUACAACAGUGGAGGUGUCUGGCCAGAGGAGGUGGUCAGAGCUAGGCAAGCCCCCCCCAACAUUUAUGUGUUGCCCUCACAAGGCCAGCCUGGCCACAGCUCCCCCCAGACUGUGCCCAGGCGGCUGCCUGCUGUCUUCAGAAGCAGCAUCUCCUCCAUUUUAAGCCAGAAAAAAAAUUAAAUCCCAGUAGCUCCUAUCCCUGUAGGUUUCUUAAGCCCUGUCAUUGCAUGAAGGGGCCCUGGUGCCAUGCAUGAGUCGAGCUGCCCUUCUCCCUGGUGCCGGUGCUGCCCGGCCCCACACCAGACCCCCGGCACAGAGGGAGGGCAGUGGAGGGGCUGCCCGUGUUACACGGCACCAGGGUAGAUUUAGCGGUCUCGAAUGAAGCUAUUGUAGAGUUAUUUAUCUGUUGUCUUGUCAAGAGAGAUCACAGCGUGGUUGAAAUGAAAGCAUUUGAAAUAUUUAUACCCUGUUUACAUGGUCUCGGAAUGAAAAACAAGUGGAAAACAAAAAAACCCCUAACCUAAAGCCCAAAAGCUAUUGGCUUAUGUGUGGCGAUGGUGGCUGAUGGGGGGGGUCGGAGGAGAUGGCACUAGCCCCUGCACCUCUGAGCACUCACCCGUGAGUGCACCUCCUCCUGCUGCAAAUAACCAACUGGAUGCACUGAUGGCUCCUUCCCACCACAGCCCCUCUCCCCUCACUCCUCCAUAGCAUAUUCUAUUUAA